UCUCUACUAAACAUAUAAAGUUUUACAAAAAUGGAGAUCUUGCUAUGUUUCUUCUUGGUUUUGCUUCUUACUCUCUUAACAUUAAUCUUUCUUAAAAACAUCACAAACUCAAAACUCACUCUUCCUCCAAGCCCUUCAAGUCUACCAAUCAUUGGAAACUUACACCAUCUCGCAGGCUUACCUCAUAGAUGUUUUCAUAACCUCUCCAUCAAACACGGACCAGUGAUGCUUCUCCGUCUAGGGUCUGUUCCAGUGGUUGUGAUCUCAUCUAGUGAAGCAGCUGAAGCAGUUCUCAAAACACACGACUUGGAAUGUUGCAGCCGACCAAAGACUGUAGGCACCGGAAAACUCUCUUACGGUUUCAAAGACAUUAAUUUCGGACCAUACGGUGAGUAUUGGCGGGAGAUGCGAAAGCUCGUGGUCACUGAGCUUUUUAGCCUUAAGAAGGUUCAAUCUUUUAGGUACAUAAGAGAAGAAGAGACCGAACUCAUGGUGAAGAAAGUCUCUGAAUCGGCAUUGAAACAAUCUCACGUUGAUCUUAACAAAACUUUCUUCUCCCUCGCCGCAAGCAUCAUUUGUAGAGUGGCUUUAGGACAGAACUUACACGAGAACAGCUUCCUUAUCGACCAAGAAAGGAUAGAGGAGCUUGUUACCGAAGCAGCGGAAGCUCUAGGGAGUUUCACUUUCUCUGACUUCUUCCCUGGUGCACUUGGAAGAUUCGUGGAUUGGUUGUUUCAACGACACAAGAAGAUCAACAAAGUCUUUGAAGAUCUUGAUGUUUUUUACCAACACGUGAUUGAUGAUCAUUUGAAGCCAGAAGGAAGGAAAAAUCAAGAUGUAGUUUCCUUGCUGUUGGAUAAGAUCGAUAAACAAGGAAGUGAAGACUCUUUCAAACUCAACAUGGAUAAUGUCAAGGCAAUCCUCAUGGAUAUAUUUCUCGCGGGGGUUGAUACAAGCGCCAUAACUAUGAUAUGGGUCAUGACCGAGCUCGUUAGAAACCCUAACGUGAUGAAGAAGGCACAAGAAAAUAUCCGAGCCACCUUAGGGCUCAAGAGGGAGAGAAUCACCGAAGAAGACCUAGGAAAGGUUGAUUAUUUGAAGCUUAUAAUCAAGGAAACACUCAGAUUACACCCAGCAGUUCCACUUUUGCUUCCAAGAGAAACAAUGUCUCACGUCAAGAUCCAAGGCUACGACAUUGCACCUAAAACACAAAUUCAAGUUAACGUAUGGACCAUAGGACGUGACCCCAAGCGUUGGACCGACCCUGAAGAGUUCAUCCCUGAACGGUUUGAAGACAGUUCUGUGGAUUUUAGAGGACAACACUUUGACCUAAUACCGUUUGGUUCUGGUAGAAGGAUAUGUCCUGCCAUGUUAAUGGGGAUUGCUACUGUGGAGCUAGGGCUGUUGAACUUGCUUUACUAUUUUGAUUGGAAGUUGCCUGAUGGGAUGAAAGUUGGAGACAUUGAUAUGGAAGAAGCUGGAAUUCUCAGCAUUGUCAAGAAAAUACCUCUUGAACUUGUGCCCCUUCAACGCCAUUAAUGGGCAGUCAAAGAAGCUCUACAACAUGGAGAUAGCUUGCGUGAAACCUAUAGCUAUUGAGAAAUUAUUGCAAAAUAAAAUAAUUAAUUAUUGUAUGAUGAACAAGUUAUCCAAAAGUAAUAAAGUUUGACAAAUUAUCCAA